AUGAGUGCUGUCAACAUCACCAACGUCGCCGUCCUCGACAACCCUGCUUCAUUUCUCACCCCCUUUCAGUUCGAGAUUUCCUACGAGUGUCUCACCGCUCUCAAAGACGAUUUGGAAUGGAAGCUCAUUUAUGUUGGAUCUGCUGAGGACGAGACCUAUGAUCAAUUAUUAGAGAGUGUCCUUGUUGGUCCUGUGAAUGUUGGAAACUAUCGCUUUGUUUUACAGGCAGAUCCACCAGAUCCAUCUAAGAUUCGGGAAGAAGAUAUAAUUGGUGUGACAGUGCUUCUGUUGACAUGCUCUUAUCUGGGACAGGAAUUUAUUCGUGUUGGCUAUUAUGUGAACAAUGAUUAUGAUGAUGAACAGCUGAGAGAGGAACCUCCACCGAAGGUUUUAAUUGAUCGGGUUCAAAGGAACAUUUUGUCUGAUAAACCUAGGGUCACAAAGUUCCCCAUCAAUUUCCACCCUGAGAACAAUGAAAAUGAAGAGCAACCCCCUGCUUCGGAGCACCCAUCUGAAACUGGAGAAGAUCCACUUGCCUUAGUCGAUCGUGAUCCCGCAAAUGAGAAGGAUUCUUAA